UCCUUCCACCUCUAUCAUCUGGUAUCUAUUCGAUACAGCCAUUCCUUCCACCUUUCAGACCACUUUCGCAACAAUGGCAACCCCCAUCGUCACGCCCGCAACGCUCCGUCUCCCAUUUACGCCUCGCGCAGGGUACACUCCAUCAGCUCCUGCUAUCAUCCUCCCCCCUUCUUCCCCACAUGCAGCCGCCUCUGCUAAUCCCGGUAAGCCCUUUCACAUCUCCUAUCACCAUCUGCAUACAUUGAUUCUGGACUUGCAGGAUCAACUUGCUGGAUUGGGUUUGCAGGUCGGGGACGCGGUCAGUAGCUCGUUGGGUAAUGGAGUGGAGUUCGCAAUCGCCUUUCUUGCUACUGGAUGGCAGAGGCUGAUUGCAGCUCCCCUGAACCCGGCCUAUACCCAAAGUGAAGUCGAAUUUUACCUCGACGACACAAAGUCCAAGGUGCUCCUGGUUCCCUCUGGCUCCUUCUCUUCCACCUCUCUAAGCACUCCUCCCACCGUCUCUGCAGCCAAGAAGCUCAAUAUCCCCGCCUAUGAGAUCGUCUUUGAUCCAACCGCUAGCGACGGCAAGGGUGCCAUCUUCCUCAAGGAUGCCAGUGGAAAGAUCCUUCCCAAGGUCGGAGCGGAAAAGCGUGAACCGCAGGAACAGGACACGACGCUUGUAUUGCAUACUAGUGGUACGACAGGAAAGCCAAAGGGAGUGCCCUUGACGCAUGCUAAUCUGGUUGCGACGAUGGAGAAUAUCAUUAGGACGUAUGAUCUUACUGGAAGGGACAGGACCUUCCUGGUCAUGCCAUUAUUCCACGUCCACGGCAUGCAAGCCGCCUUCCUCUCUACGCUCCUCUCUGGAGGCGCCGCGGUGAUCCCACCCAAGUUCUCCGCCUCAACAUUCUGGUCCGAGCUGACCCUCACGCGCUGUACCUGGUACACUGCCGUGCCCACCAUCCACUCUAUGCUUCUCUCUUCCCCUCGUCCAAGUACUCAGCCACCCUUGCGCUUCAUUCGCAGCUGCUCCUCCUCGCUCGCACCGAGCGUAUUCCAUGCUCUCGAGGAGGCUUUCAAGGCGCCUGUGCUCGAGGCAUACGCCAUGACAGAGGCCGCGCACCAGAUGACUUCCAACCAGCUCCCCCACAAGGGCGAGCGCAGGCCUGGCUCCGUGGGUAUUGGCCAAGGCGUCGAGGUGCGCAUCAUCGGUACCGACGACAAGACUGUACCUACUGGUGGAGAGGGCGAGGUGUGUGUGAGGGGCAAGAAUGUCACCAAGGGCUACCUCAACAACCCAAAGGCCAAUGCCGAGUCCUUUGUGCACAACCCUCCUGCGGGUCACGAGGACAACAAGGGCUUCUUCCGGACCGGCGACCAAGGCAAGCUCGACGAGCAGGGCUAUCUGGUCCUCACUGGUCGCAUCAAAGAGUUGAUCAACCGUGGUGGUGAGAAGCUCAGCCCGCUGGAAAUUGAUGCGGCUCUGCUCAAGGUCAAGGGAGUCAAGGAAGCAGUAAGCUUUGCCGUCGAGGAUGCCACGUAUGGACAAAAGGUGGGAGCGGCAUGUGUGGUGGAAAGUGGAGUGACGGAGGAUGCGAUCAAGAAGGAAUUGGCGGGUAGUCUAAGCAAAUUCAAGAUCCCAGAGAAGAUCUACCUCGUCGACGCCAUCCCAAAGACGGCCACGGGCAAGAUCCAGCGCAGGCAAGUGUCCGCACAGAUGACUGCGAGCGACAAGCCCAAGCUGUAGUAGGUAGGCCGGGCGUCCAGCAUAUCCAAUCCAGAUACGAACGAGCAAGUGAUCACCUGUUCUUUCUCGCCUGUGUCCUCCGUUGCACGUGUGCCCUGUUCUCAUCCACCAUAUCGUAGCAAUCUGCUCCUUCUUGGUCAAUGCAAUGAAUGCAAUCGGAGCUUCAUUUUG